AUGAGCGAUAGCGACAGCGAUUUUGGCGAUUUUGAAGGAGCUUCGGAUUCUGAAGAACAGCUUAUGGUGUCACCGGAAAAACUUCUGGAGACAGUAUUAGGGCCAAGACAAGCGAUGGCUUAUACGAACAAAAAGCACGACUUGAGUGAGCUCAUAAGAGAUGAAAGACCGCGGGUUGUUUACGAACAAUUGGUAGUGCUGGACCCUCACCUUAGGCCCUUUCAAUGGCGCCAUUCGAGGUUGAGAUCAGAACUCUUGCAUACGUUACAGAUCGAAGACGUCCCCGAGACCCCCAAAGUUACUAAGGUACUGGAUAACGCACUUUACAAAUGUUUAGAACCUUUUUUGGGAAAUCCAGAGUCGGGGAAUGUUUCCGGAAUACAGAGUAUUCUUGGCGACAAGUUACUGGCGCCAGAAAGACUUCCAACGCCGAAACCAACCGCUCUAGAACUUAAAAUCAAAGAUAUUGAUUCACUUAACGAACAAGAAUUAAGUGAGACCCAUGAUCAACUGAUAGACGCGCUUUUAGCGGUGUGUGGAACUAUACAUGAAAUACGUGAGGUAAGAGCACAACUGGAUGCAGAUAAAGAAAUGUUCGAAGAUCUGGUCACAAACCUAGUAGGGCACACUCAGCGGAUCCGCCGUGACGAGAUAGCGAAAUAUAACAAGAAAAACAAGAGAAGUCUCAAGUACGGCAAGAAGUUUAAAUGGGUAAGGUAA